AUGGCAGAUUUCCUUGAGUAUUCUUCAAUAAGCUCGGAAGUCCGGGGCGCCAUGUGCCCGGGCAAGCUGAAAAUGACGGACACUUCGAUGGUGUUCAAAAGCGACAAAACCGGUAAGGUCGAGCAAAUCAACUCGAGCGACAUCGAGCUGCUAAACUAUCAACGGUUCGUCGGAAGCUUUGGAUUGCGUGUGUUCCUCAAGAAUGGAUCAUUACAUCGGUUUCUGGGAUUUACCGGCGACGAAACCAAGAUAGCGGAGUUUGUUAAGAAAAACUACAAACUCGACAUGCUCGAGAAGGAGCUGUCGAUGCGCGGCUGGAACUGGGGCUCGGUGCAGUUCAAGGGAGCGGUUCUGAGCUUCGACGUGGAGAGCAAAACAAGCUUCGAGAUUCCGCUGAACCACGUGUCGCAGUGCAAUGUGGGCAAAAACGAAGUAACGGUCGAAUUCCACCGAAACGACGAAGCCCCUGUCAGCCUGAUGGAGAUGCGAUUCCACAUUCCAACGACCGAAUCGGUCGACAUUGAUCCGGUAGAAGCGUUCCAGGAAAAUGUCAUGAAGCAAGCCUCCGUCAUAUCGGUGUCGGGAGAUGCGAUUGCUAUAUUCCGCGAAAUUCAUUGCCUCACGCCACGUGGUCGGUACGACAUCAAGGUGUUCCAGUCAUUCUUCCAGCUGCAUGGUAAAACGUACGAUUUUAAAAUCCCAACCUCCUCCGUCCUACGCCUGUUUUUGCUACCCCACAAAGACAAUCGGCAAAUGUUUUUCGUCAUCUCGCUGGAUCCGCCGAUCAAGCAGGGCCAAACGCGUUACCACUUCCUGGUCACGCUGUUCAAUAUGGAAGAGGAAACCAACAUCGAGCUGCCGUUCUCAGAAGAAGAGCUGAAGGAAAAGUAUGAGGACAAGCUGACGAAAGAGCUGUCCGGACCGGUGUACGAGGUGCUGGGUAAAAUCAUGAAAGUCAUCAUCAAUCGCAAACUGACCGGUCCCGGUACCUUCAUCGGGCACACGGGCACUCCGGCGAUCGGUUGUUCGUUCAAGGCUGCUGCCGGCUAUCUGUAUCCGCUCGAGCGCGGCUUCAUCUACGUCCACAAGCCGCCGAUACACAUACGGUUUGAGGAGAUUGCCACGGUGAACUUUGCUCGCAGCGGUGGCUCCACGAGGAGCUUCGAUUUUGAGAUCGAACUAAAAACCGGUACCGUCCACACGUUCAGCAGCAUCGAGAAGGAGGAGUAUUCGAAGAUGUUCGACUUCAUCGUGUCGAAGAAGCUGAACGUGAAGAACACCGGCGGGAAGGCGAGCUACAAGGACGAUUUUGCCGAUUCGGACAACGAGGGCGAACCGGACGCGUACUUGGCGCGCGUGAAAGCGGAAGCGAAGGAACGCGGCGAGGACGAUUACGGCAGCGACUCGGAAGAAUCAACCGACGAGGACUUCAACCCGAACCAGCAGGAGUCAGAUGUGGCCGAGGAGUUUGACAGCAACGUGGAGUCAUCUUCGGACGAUUCCGACGACGAGAAUGGUAGCGGGGGCAGUGACGGCAGCGGAUCGGACGGAGGGCGACAGAAGAAACGCGAUAAGAAGAAGGAAAAGAAGGAAAAAACUCCCAAAAAGAAGAGCAAGGGUGACGGUGAAUCUAAGCAAAAAAAAUCAAACUCGAAAAACGCAGGAGGCCCGAAGCGGCCAACCUCAGCGUUUAUGUUUUGGCUAAACGCUAACCGAGAGCAGAUUCGCAAGGACAAUCCGGGGGUGGCGAUCACUGAAAUCAGCAAGAAGGCUGGUGAGCUGUGGAAGGAGCUGAAGGACAAGAAGGAAUGGGAGGCUAAGGCAACCAAGUCGAAGGAGGAAUAUACGGAAGCGAUGGCCGCCUACAAGGCAGCCGGUGGUGGUGGGGAAAAGGAGAAAACUGAGAAAAGGAAAAAGAAAACCACCCCCAGAAAGUCCGAUACCGCGAUGUCAGGCAGCGGGUUCAAGAGCAAAGAAUUCAUUGAAGGCGAUGAUUCGUCCAGUGAGGACGAUAAAAAGAAGGCUGCAAAAAAAGCGAAACCACCUAAGGAUUCGGAAAAGAAGAAAUCGAAAAAAUCCGAGUCGGAAUCCGGAUCGGAGGAAGAUGAUGAUGAAGAUAUGAGUGAGGGUAGUGAUUAAAUUCGUUGAAAACAGCUCGCAUCUCGAGCAAAUAAACAGCGAAACUCCUUUAUUGUUAGAAUCAAAUCCAUUGCCGUUGUACAAAUUUCUCCUUUUUGUUCCUGUGAUCGACGCCCUCGCUCUCUUCACAUGGUACCACCGCGUAGACCGCGCACUAUCCCGAGGGUCCUUUCUUACCCAAUCACAACACAAAAAAGAGGUAGUUUGUUUUACAGGAGGAAUUAUAUUUUUAUUCAGUGAUAAAUCGCUCUUAUAUCUGAAGUAUAUCACUAUUAAAUAAAUGAUACUAAUAAAUGUAAA